UUUUCCCCUCAGUCCCGGCCGCGGCGGAAAUGGUGGAUGGAGCGAGUGAGCGGCCGUACACUACACAGCACAACGCGGCGACAGCGUUAGCGGCGGGGCGCCGAUUCCGGCUCCCACCACACUCCCCAGCGGGUCGCGGACACUCUACAUGGCGGCCCAGCAGCUGCGCGGCACUGAGGUUUACUGCGACGCCAGCGGGGACUGCAACCAUGUCGCUGUCAAGAUCAAGAGCCACAACAACCAGCAGCAGGAGGAGGAGGCGGCGGCGGCGGCUCCUCAGCCCCAGCAUCAAGGCCCCGGGCCCACCAAGUACAGCAUCUCGUCCAGCUGCAGCUCGGGGGAAUCUGUCAAGCGAGCGGCCCGCAGUCCGCGGCGUCGCCGCCGCAAGUUCCCUCAGCUCUUCGAGCGGGCGUCGGGUAAGUGGUGGGACCCCGCCUUCGACUCGCGGAACCUGGAGGACGCGUGCCUGGAACGCUGCUUCCCGCAGACCCAGCGCCGCUUCAGGUACGCGCUGCUCUACCUCAUGGUGGCCGCGCUGCUCUGGGCCAUUUACUUCGGCUGCAGCGUGAGGGAGGUGGACCAGGCUCUGGGGGUCGCUUUCCUGGCGCCCACCCUGCUUUUCAUGCUGUGCUGUGCUGGCCUCUUGGCGGUCACCUUCAGCGGACUCUACUCCCACCACUACGUCCGAAUCUCCCUGCUCUUCACGCUGCUGGUCUUCGCCCUUUCGCUGGCCACCCGCUUCCAGGCCGGCAGAAGCAGCAGCCUGGGCUGUAGCGGGAACGACAGCCACGGCGGUUCUCUCUGCUGGAAUUACUUGUCGCCGGUCGGGAGUUUCUCCAUUUGCGUGGAGGUGCUGCUGCUGCUGUACACCGUCAUGCCGCUGCCCCUCUACCUAUGCUUUCUCUUCGGCGUCUCUUAUUCGCUGCUCUUCGAAGUGUUGGGCUAUCACCUGGGCAGCGCCGAGUGGCCCCAGCCGUCGGACUCCGGCCAGCAUCUGCUACUGGAGGCUCUGGCCAAGCUUUUCCUACACGUCUGUGUCCAUGCCGUGGGCAUCCACCUCUUCACCAUGUCGCAGGUACGCUCCCGCACCACUUUCCUGAAGGUGGGCCAGUCUAUCAUGCACGGCAAGGACCUAGAAGUGGAGAAAGCUCUGAAGGAGCGCAUGAUCCACUCGGUCAUGCCCAGGAUGGUGGCGGACGAGCUGAUGAAGCAAGGGGACGAUGAGAGCGAGAACUCCUUCAAGCGCUACUCCACCUCCAGUCCCAAGAGCAAGAAGAAGAAAACUUCCAUCCAGAGAGCGCACAUCAUCUUCAGACCCUUCACCAUGCAGCGCAUGGAGCCUGUCAGUAUCCUGUUCGCGGACAUCGUGGGCUUCACCAAGAUGAGCGCCAACAAAUCCGCCCACCUGCUGGUCGGCCUCCUCAACGACCUUUUCGGACGCUUCGACCGUCUCUGUGAAGGUACCGGAUGCGAGAAGAUCAGCACCUUGGGUGACUGCUACUACUGUGUGGCCGGCUGCCCCGAGCCCCGCUCCGAUCACGCGUACUGUUGUAUUGAGAUGGGACUGGGAAUGAUCCAGGCCAUCGAACAGUUCUGCCAGGAGAAAAAAGAAAUGGUUAACAUGAGGGUGGGGGUACACACGGGUACUGUUCUAUGCGGCAUUUUGGGAAUGAAACGCUUCAAGUUUGACGUUUGGUCCAACGAUGUGAACUUGGCCAAUUUGAUGGAACAACUCGGGGUGGCCGGAAAAGUCCACCUUUCCGAAGUUACGGCCAAGUACUUGGAUGAACGGUACCAGAAGGAGGAUGGGAAAGUGAUGGAGAGGGUUGGCACCCAGAGUGUGGUGGCUGAUCAGCUGAAAGGAUUGCAGACGUUCCUUAUUUCUGGCCGAAAGUUAGCUCAUUCAGUGUGUACCUGCUCCCACACAGUAUUAUCUCACCUUGAUAUGGGAGACUCGAGUCCUCACACAGUCCCCAAGCAGCAGCGAGAAACGAUGAGUGAGGCUGCUGCUGAAAUGGGGCAAGCUAGCAACAUGAUGGAUAAAGCUAAGCCCAUGUGUCCAUCCUGUAGUGUCAUGCUGGUCCCUGGAUCCAGUGCCAGUGCAGAAGAAAGCACUGUGCAAAAUGGCUGUCAAGAUGAGCGUAAAAGUGCUAAGGCACCAUCAGCAGGGCGAAGUCUGAAGGCCCAAAAUGGCCUACUGAGUCCCCCAGAGGAAGAAAAGUUAAACAACAGCCAGACAUCGCUGUUUGAGAUGCUGCAGAGUGAGAGGCAGCUGGAUGGACUGCUUCCACUACGCUCCAAGCAGAUACGGGAGAAAACGGACGCUCAGUUUGUCAGUGUCAUUAAGGAGGACAGACUAAUGGAUGAAUACUUCUCCAAACCUCCCAUUAACAAAUUCAGCUUGAAUUUCUUGGAUUCGAGCUUGGAGAAAGCUUAUAGAGGCAGCUAUCAAGAUGAGGUUGUGAACAAUGCAUCAGAGAAGACGUUUGCCAGUGCCACAUUCAGUUCACUCCUUGAUGUCUUUCUCUCCACCAUAGUCUUCCUCUUUCUCUCCAUCACAUGUUUCAUGAAGCAGGGACUGUGUACAUCACCUUCGCAUGCCUCUAUUGUGGUUUUUGUCCUUGCGAUCCUGCUUCAAGUGCUUUCCUUGGUUAUCUCCAUCAGAAUGGCGUUUUACCUGGAUGAGGUGAUGCCAUGUACCAAAAGACUGAUGAGGGCAAUCUCGGGCUGGCUACCUCGUCAUUUUUUCGGAGCCAUUCUCAUCUCUCUCCCCGCUGUCGCUGUGUUCUCCCAGUUCACGUGUGAAUUUAAAACAAAUAUAAAUGUUACCAUGUUCUUGUGUUGCGCAAUGAUCAUCACUUUCAUUCACUACUGUAACUUUUGCCAGUUGAGCUCCUGGAUGAGAUUCUCCUUGGCUACUAUAGUAGGCGUGUUGCUUCUCAUCCUGCUGUAUGUGACACUAUGUCCUUCCACCUUGCCAGAAAACCAAUCUGAAUCUUUAGAAUCGUUCAGCAGAGAAGUUGGGUGCAAUAUUUCUAUGUCAGAUGGGAGUUCAAAGAAUCUGGAAUUGAUCAGACAGGAAGUGAUUCUGGAUAUUGUCCUGUUGCUGCUGCUAGUCUGGUUCCUGAACCGGGAGUUUGAGGUUAGUUACCGUCUCAAUUACCAUGGCAACGUGGAGGCAGAUCUUCAUCGGCACAAGAUACAGAGCAUGAAGGACCAAGCAGACUGGCUCCUUCAUAACAUCAUCCCAGCCCAUGUGGCUGAUCAGCUCAAGGUGACUCCCCAUUACUCCAAAAACCAUGAAGAUGUUGGGGUUAUUUUCGCCAGCAUAGUUAAUUUCAGCGAGUUUUAUGAGGAGAACUAUGAAGGGGGAAAGGAGUGCUACCGGGUGUUGAAUGAACUGAUUGGUGAUUUUGAUGAAUUAUUGAGCAAGCCCCAAUACAACAGCAAUAUUGAAAAGAUUAAAACCAUUGGAGCUACUUACAUGGCAGCUUCUGGAUUGAAUCCAUCGCAACGACGUGAUAGCAACCAUCCACACAGUCACUUGCAGACGCUUUUUGAGUUUGCCAAAGAAAUGAUGAGGGUUGUAGAUGAAUUCAACAAGGACAUGUUAUGGUUCAACUUUAAAUUAAGGAUUGGUUUCAACCAUGGACCCCUCACUGCAGGAGUUAUUGGCACUACGAAGCUACUGUAUGACAUAUGGGGUGACACUGUCAACAUUGCUAGUAGGAUGGACACUACAGGAGUGGAGUGUAGGAUCCAGGUGAGUGAAGAGAGCUAUCGAAUAUUGAGUGAAAUGGGCUAUGACUUUGAUUACCGAGGGACGGUCAAUGUUAAGGGCAAAGGUCAGAUGAAAACAUACUUGUACCCAAAAAGCACAAACAGUGGGAUCAUCCCAUCACACCAGCACUCAGUGUCUCCAGACAUCCGAGUGCAAGUGGACGGAAGUAUUGGGCGUUCGCCCACAGACGAACUUGCCAACCUUGUGCCUUCUCUGCCAAUCUCGGAUAGGUCUGGUCGCUACUCAAAUAACACUGAGGCUAAAGACUCACUUUCUGCACGACAGAAGGUCAAGAAAGAGCAGGCCAAGGAAGUAGAUGGCAAAGUGGGUGAUGAGGAUCCAGAGGAAACAGAUGAACUGACGAAUUUACAAAUCUGUAGCCGACUAUGAUGCAUCUUUUCAUACCAUAAACCGGCCUCACCCGGUAGGAACCAGUUCACGUUGGUAGUCUGCGUGACAUGAUGAUUAUUUCCGGUUUUUAAUAGUUUCAUUUUACAUCCUGAUUUCUGUGUGGAUCACAGUAACACAGGAUCCAGCUCCAUUGCAAAUGUCUGUGCUGUUUGUGGAUAUUAAGUGCCUUUGGAAAAACUGAAGUAUGUGCUUCAGGUAAAAUGGAAGGAGGUAACAGAAAGCAUGGCUUAAUUUAGAACCCUGGAUAUAGUUGUGGUUAUAACCUUCCCCGUUCCCCAUCACCCUCCCCACUCGACCCCAGUCUCAUUUUUGUUUUCUCAGUGCUGUUUUGUUUCUUUAUACUUUUUGUAACUGUCGUUAUUGUAUUGUUUAAAAUGGGCUUCUGAAAAGAACCACUGGGGGUGGAUGUCGGUGAAUGCCUGGAUGUCAGUGAAAGCCUCUAGUAGAUAAAGGGGUGGGGAUGGGAAAGAUUUGGUCAAGUGAAUUAGUAACAAGCCCCAAAUAAGUCCUGAUUUAUUUCAAAGGGUCUAUAAAUGUGCCACUUCAAACUUGAGGACACAGCAUCUGUCUUUCCUUGACUGUACCCACAUAUUAAAAGCAGUCUGUGGACUGGGUUUCAGACACUCUUACCCAUGUUGGUGUCUAGAGGGGCGCAUGAUUCUUUCAAAACUUGGGUCAGUAGAAGUCUUGAGCCCGGUGUUUGUUCAGAUCCGUGUAUGAUAAGUUUUGAGUGUUGAACAGUCUUGUUCAGUAUAGUGAGUUGUGUUGAUGUAAAUAUUGGCAUUAGAUCCAGGUUAGAAUAACAUAGACCUUUUGCUUAUUCCCAAAAGCUAAAUGUUCUUAUUAAAAGCCCCAAGGCACUCAGGAUUCCUUCGAGAUCUGCUUUCAGUUCUUAAAGUCAGCUACGUUUAGUCCCAUUUAGAAUUGGAAGUUUGGAAUUAGGCAGGACCACUAGCCAAACCAGUGGAGACUCUUAUUGAUGAAGAGGUUCUAGUCAUGGGUCCACCUGACCACAAGCUCCCCAAGGACUAAUCUUGUCCUGCAGCAGCCAAGUAUAUUGCUGCACUAACAAGUCAUCCUCCAGGCUUCAGGAAGGGGAAAGCAGUACAGUCAGAUCAUUACACUAAAGGAGCAUUUCUGCCAAGCCAUAUGUUGUGAAACAUUUCCAGAAGCAAUGGCAUUGCCUUCUCCCUCCUUCUACCAGGAAAGCCAUGGUGGGGGAUGUGGAAAUGAUAAUUUGUCUCCAGCAGAGAUUUUAUUUAUAAACUUUUUUUUUGGAGAACUUGACUUAAAUUUAUAGAAGCAACAAAUGUCAUUUAUCUCAUAGUGUAACCAUUUCUAAUAUUAAAGGGUUCAGUAAACAUUCCAUCAUUACAUAUAUUGUGCAUGUGGUGAUGGGACAGAAUGCAAAUAAUGGCACCUCCUCUAUCCUCCCAAAUCGAAUAACGCACAGUAUUAUGGCAGUUUUCAUACCAGUUCAUUGGGUGUAUUCAGAUACACUGAAUUGGCUGCAUCCCUUCUUAAAGUGUAUAUAUUUGAGCUUUGUAUUGCCAUUGGUGUCAAUAGAGAUUUUCCCCUACUCUUGCCUCACUCAUUUCCAGCACAAACUCUGUAUAGUGUUUUUUAUUUUAACCCCGAUCUUGUUUGAAACUCUUGGGUUAAGCGUAUUGAAAGCUGCAGUACAACAGCUGCUGUUGGCACUUUGUGAUACUGUAUCAGGAAAUGUAAGCCUUCCUGCUGGUGUGAUUGUCCUUGAGACACCUUGAUUGUGAAGUGUCAGCACAAGCUGCUUUUUAAAAAUUUCAUUUAACUUGAUCUUGGUACAUUCCAUCAAGUGGAAUAUUGGAUUCUGUUCUCACACUCAGCAAACAGACACUCUGGAUGAACUGUUGGAAAACUGCCCUGUUGGAAUUUACCCCUUAACAUGACUGUGGGUGUCUUUCCCCAACAUUGGGUUAGAUUGGAUAAAUAUUUUGAAAUACAAAUUGAGGAUGUAGUGUCAAAUAAUAUAUGGAAUAACAUUAGAUGUUUGUAAGAAUGACAAACCAGUGUUGGAUUUAUGUUUUAUUGAACAGUAUUAAACUGAAUAACCCCAAAAUCAAAUUUAUGGGGUCUGUGGCAUGAUAUUUUCAGGCUAUCCAUUGGUUUAAGUAGGUGGGUCUAGCUUGGGUUGAGAUUCUGUGACCAAGUUUUGUGCACCCCUACUAGUGUGAUCAGAAAUCCAGACUCAUUGGAGCUUGGAAUGGGAAUGUCCUAGGUUCUUCCUUUAUAGCAAAGCCUUGAUUGUGGCAGUCCAGAUGUUCAAUUGGCAUAAAGAGAACUUGUUCAGCAUGGGUCAGUCAGCAACUGCACAUCAAGGCAGCACAAUUGUGCAGCUCGCAUUUUUCUUGCUAAGGUUCCUGGCAUUUAACCUGAUCGAUGUCUCAUCAGUGAGUGUAAGCACAGUACAGCCUUAACCAAAUUGGGCACUGAAACAAAUAUCUAAAGCUGUGAAGUAUUCAGUCAUCCCUUUAACAGAUUGUACCUUUUUGUCUGCAUGAUCAGAUGAAAUACUUUUUAAAUAUUUGCGAAAUCCUAAGUCCAAUCACCUGAAGCUGCCUUUGGCUCCAUUCUGUCCAGCAUCCCCUCGAUAUUUAACACCAAACCAUCCCCAAACUCCACUAUUGUUCAUCUAAACAAGUUCUGUGUGCAUACGUGCUCUGAUUUAAUAAAUUGUACUCUUUCUGUGGGUCCUUGCUGACUAUUGCACCUAAAUAAAAUUAUGCAAACUAUACAGGGAUUGGGCCCAAUACAUCUGCAAAUUACCAUAAUUGAAGUAGGAGUGGUAUAAUUAUAUUCUGAUUUAAUAUUCAAUGCUGGGAUUUAUAUUAAAGACUGAACUGACACACCAAGUCUACUGCUGUAGCAAGUUCUUGAGGCAGAAGGGACGUUCUUGUAGCUGUGAGCUUGAGUGAGAAGUUGCUCUUCUCUCUUCUAAUCACUGGGGUAUCCGAAUAUGAGUCAUGCAAUAGAUUCUAAGUCCCAAGUACUUCUGUCUUUCUGCUCAAAAUUAUCCUCCAAGUCCAGUCAAAAUGAAAGAGUCACCCUUUAAAUGACACUGGCAGGAGUACAAUGGCGAAUAUAUCCUUAAUAGUAAAAGGAGCAUAUCUCAUCCAUUUUUAAAUUCAUCCUCAAAUCUUUUGUCCCAAGCCUGGAAAUAAUGGCCUCAGAUUACCACCCUGCCCCAGCCUGUUGGGAUUUACAACAAUAUAAAUGUCACCAGGGCCACAUCAGCACCUCGUGGAAAAUAUCCCCCCUUUAUGUUUCUAUGUUUAUAGCAGAGUCUGAAAGGUCUAAGCAUAUCGAGAACAUAAUCUGAUUACAUAGACAAGAUUUAGUUUGUUUUCAUGGAAAAAUUGUUGCACCUUGCAGUUUAGCCCCUUAAGAUUUUGCCUAAGGUUUACAGUUAAAAACCCACUUGUUAAGUUUUAAACACAUUUUCUAGAAAUACACCAAAUUUAUGUUGUGUGUAUUCUCUCCCCCAUCCACCCCUCGCCCAUUGCAGUGCUGGUCAGGUAGGCUGCUGGGAGUGUUGGUGCCACCAGUAACUGACAUCCAAUUAGACAGCAGUUGCAAUGGAGCCUGGAUCCCAGCAUUCUCUUGCAGGCUCCAAUAGAUUGGACUACCAUUUGGUAUUUCCCAUAUAAAUUCGAAAAUAUUAAGUUCAGCAAUAUUUUGCUAUAAAAAAAAUCCUUGCCCAUAAGGGGCUUCCCACUGUUGAAGUCUGGUAUUGCAGCAAUAUGCAGUGAACAUUCUAGCCUUUUUCCAGGAUAGGUGUAUUUUAGCCAAAUUAAGCUUGAACUCCCCCCACCCCACCUCAGAAAAAGUACCAUAAUGUGCAAAACUGACCAGGAAGGUGAUAAUUAAUGGACGUACACGCACUUCUUUGUAUGAAAGGAUGUGGGUUUUAAUUAUUGUAUAAGGAUUUUGCAGCUGUAGAGUCGACUGCAUUUAAGUGAACACCCCCACCCUUGUAAAGUGUAUUGUAUACUGUAUACCGUUCAGAUGUGGGCACAACCAUGAUAAGCUUCACUGAGAGUGCUGCAGUGCUACUGAGUGCAAAUUUCCCCAAGCUGAACAAUUCCCUCUCUUUGAUGUUGAACAUCCUAAUUUGAUACUCCUGUUCCAGGAGUGGAGAGAAGGGGCACUGAAAGUCAUCGCUUUUGUGUGGGAGUCAGCUAAACAUUAUAUACAUAGAUUCAAGGGCCUUUUUCUCUCCUACCUCAAUAUAUAUCCAGACUUUGUAUGCCAAUCCCAUCAUUAAAACAGACCAUUAGGGUUUAGCCCUAUUCUUGCAUGAUACCUUGUGCAUUUUUUAUUGAUGCUGAUUUAUCAAAUUACCAAAGCCCAUCAUUCUGGAACUUUGUGGAUUUUUUUUAAAAACCACCCAUUUUUGAAAGAUGCUGUUCCAUGUUUUGUUCUCCUUGUUCCCCCUCCCCAACACUGAGCUCUUCACUGAUGCACAAAAAAGCAGCCACCUUGCAUUCUUAUAUACACUAAUUGCUAUGUGCUGAGAUGUCCAGCACCAUGACGGGCUAGUUGGGUUGGGGUUGAUGUAAGCAAGGUUGGCAGGUAAGUUGGGUUUGACGGUGGGUUGGUGGUGUUGGGCAGUGCAGUCACACAUAUUUAUACCCCACUCAGUGAUUUCAUAAUUAUCCACAUUUUACCUUGACAUUUGAGCAUCCCAAUGCUUGUGUUGCAAGACACUGAUUUGGAGGAGCUUUUUCCAUUUCAGCCCAAAAAAACAAAUAUUGAAUCUCACUUGUCCGUUUGGGACACUACCCAAAGAAUGCUGUCACUCACUGGCUUGAGUCAUUCAGUAAUGUUUGCUAAAUUACACAACUAUGGCCAAUGCAAAGAUGGAUCUUGGAAGACCAAACCAGUCUAAGCACAGCUGUUGAGACCUGCCAGCUGCUGCUAGAACAUAGUCCUAGCUUGUGGUAGUCAUGAAGGAGGAGUUCUCUGAGCAACACUACAUACAGUAACUCACUGUGUGGCCUGCAGGGAAUAUGGGGUUUACACAUUGUAGCAAGGGGAGUGCUGCUCUGCAGUUGGUCUAAUUUGUAAAUAAUUUGCCUAUGCUUUGAUGACAGAAAAUGUAUGUGAAAUAUUAAGCUAUAUGUAUAUAGAUAAACAAUAUAUAAUGACUUAUUGCUACCAAUCUGUAAUCAAUUGUAUAUUAAAAACCAUUUUACUGUGACUAACAGGACAUGAUUUCACUGUAAAUGUUCACAGUACAAUCUGCCAAUUGGAGAACAGUAUUCAUAAUAAAGUUUUACAUGAGUUGUGCUGUGAGGCACAAGUAUUUAA